AUGUUUUCGGCCUUCAAACGAUCAAUCCCUCAAAUUUCUAUUUUUCACAACCCAUCCUCGCCGCCUUCAACGGCGGCUUUGAACCUUCUGCGCGCAGCAGUCUCAGGGCCAUAUCCUCCCUCGGCGCCCUCCGCUCGCCCACUUACAUUCAACCUCGAGGUAGUUGAGAACGCCCCUACCGCUGACCAGCUCCGCACCAUCCUCUCGUACGUCCAUUCGACCGCGACGGGCUCAGCAGAAGGCAUCUCCCCCGCGAACUUGCUUUCAGCCCAUCCCACCGUGCAGACACAGCCGACGAGCGCGGAAGGCGUUGCCCUCCUGGCCGCACAAAAUGUGAAUGCACUCAAGUGGCCCAUUGUUGUCGACUGGGAUGCGGGGCGCGCGGCCGUGGGCGACGUCGACGGCGUGAAGAGCAUUCUGGAGGAGUUGAGGAAGAAGAGGGAUGGCGAGGCUUCCGAGACGCCUGAGCCCAAGUCGAAGGGUUGGUUCUGGUGA